AUGUACACAUUAUUUGAAAUAAUUAAUAAUCCUAAUGAAUCUAGGUUGGAAGCAGAAUUCAGACGUAAUAGAAAAAAGGUAAAUGAAGGAAGAAUUACAUACUACACUUUAGAAUUAGAUGAAAAAUACCAAAAUUAUGAUGAAUUAAUGGAUGACUUGAAACAGCCAGGGCAACCAAAAGACUUAAUUCUUUUUUAUCAAAAAAUUAGGGAACUGACUACUAAAUUGUAUCAAUUGGCUAAUCAGGAAGCGGAAAGUAAAGGCGGACGUGUCGAAACCAUUCCGCCCCAUUUAAUGAGUGAUAACCACAUCAUUUCGUUACUGGAUCUUAUUGACGACCUAAAACAGCAAAGAAAACAAACCGAGGCCGGUUUAAACCAGGCCAAAUCCCAAGUCUUAGCCGAUUUAAAAGAACUUAAAAGAGCAAUUACUGAUAAAAAAUUAACCGAUAAAAUUAAUGAAACUUAUCCUCACACGAUUACCGGAACGGAUUGA